GAGAGGCAGCGAGGAGGCAGAAGUCUUUCAGCUUUGUAACAGUUGGUUCCAUUGCCCAGUACUGCCACAACAGAGCUGCUGGAAGGACUAGUCUGGAGCCUCCAGUGCCAUUACAUUAGUCAGAGACCUGUCUGAGUUUGGGGAGAGAGGCUGGCAUCAGAGAUGGCGGAGAGGGUGUUGGCACUGUUGUGUAUGCUGGGCAUCGGCCUCUGUCAGGUCUGGAGCUCUUCCGAGACCCACCAGGAGGAGGCAGGCCUGGCGGUCCUGUAUCCAUGGCAACACCAAAACAGUGGUCUGGGCAGGGUGAAGAGGGACUGGAUAAUUCCACCAAUCAGAGUGUCGGAAAACAGCAAGCAGGUCCCAGAAAACCUGGUCCAGAUCAAAUCAGACAAGGUGUUCACCGGGGACGUGAUCUACAAGCUGGAGGGACAAGGGGUGGAUCAGGACCCCAAGGACCUGUUUGAGAUUGAUGACAAGACGGGAGAGAUCCGCAGCAAGCAGCCUCUGGACCGGGAGAAAUACAGCCGCUUCACGCUGAAAGCUUUUGCCUUGUCUCCCAGUGGAGAGAGACUAGAAAACCCCUCCACCAUUGAGAUAGUGGUUCUGGAUCAGAAUGACAACCGGCCAAUCUUCACACAGAAAGAGUUUGAGGGGUCUAUAGCUGAGUUCUCCAUACCAGGUACGUCAGUGAUGUCUGUGUCAGCUACCGAUGCUGAUGACCCAGACACAGACAAUGCUGUUCUGAGGUACUCCAUCAUUGGCCAGGAGAGCAUCCCAGCAAAUGUCAUCACCAAGACCAUGUUUGGCAUCAACAACGAGACAGGAGCGAUCUACACACGGGACGUGGGCCUGGACCGAGUGGUAGUAAAGAGUUUCAGGUUGAAGCUGCAAGUGGCAGACAUGUCAGGUAUGGGACUGACCAAUGAGGGCAUUGCCAUUAUCCACGUGUCUGAUAUCAACAACCACGGCCCACGCUUUUCCCCCGAUCUGUACAACCUGUCAGCCGUGGAGAACAGGAUUGACCAUGAAAUCGGCAGGGUCAACGUUGUUGACAAUGACGACCCCGGAACAGGAAACUGGGAAGCUAAGUACACCAUCGCAGAAAGUGACCAGUUCAGCAACUUCGCCAUUGAGACGGAUCCACUGACCAAUGAGGGCAUUCUGACAGUGGUGAAACCUCUGGACUUUGAAGGCCGGUCAGAGUACACUCUCAUCCUAACUGUGGAGAAUGUCAACCCACUGAAUAUUAAAGCCCCCAACGACCCAAUCAGCAGUGCAACAGUACUGGUUACCGUGGUGAAUGAGAAUGAGGCACCACGAUUCGUCAGUGACCCCAUGGAGCUGAUGGUGCCUGAGUCAGUGCCACCUGGGUCUGUCCUGAUCAAGAAUAUCGCCUAUGACCCUGACAAUGCCAAACUCAGGUAUGAGAUCACCAGGGAUCCAGAAAGAUGGCUAUCAAUCAACCCAGAGACUGGAGAGAUCACAUCUAGGAAGAGCUUCAAUGUGCGCUCACCACACGUCGAGAACAACAUCUACAACGUCAUCAUCAAGGUCACCGACACAGACGCUGGAGGAAUUUCCACCACAGCCACUCUAUCCAUCACCCUGAAGGAAACCAAUGACUUCCCCCCACAGCUGACCCCUCUCAGUGGGGUGGUUUGUAACAACAGGGACAUUUACAGGGCGGGGCUGUUUUUGACUGCUGUGGAUGAGGACCUGCCCCCUCAUGCAGAACCCUACACCUUUGAUUUGCCCUCCGACAUGUCAAACAACUGGACCAUCGUCAAGUUCAAUGAUAGCCAUGGAUACCUGCAGCCUAUGAUGGAGAGGCUAGAGAAGGGAGAGUAUGCUGUGACAGUGCAGGUCUUUGACUCUGGUAGUCCCAGGCUCAGUUCCUUUGCCCAGGUCAACAUCACUGUCUGUCCCUGCGACAACAACCAUGACUGCAGGUCCGAGGCAGCCGCCAUCUUUGGAACGCGAGUGGGAAUAAGCUUCAUUGCCCUGGUGGUCAUCAUGGCUAGCAUUGCUCUUUUGCUUUUGCUGCUGCUCCUAGCGGUUGCCGUGGGUAACUGUAGAAGGCACCAUCACAUGAAGCAAGGUGGGGGUCUGCUGGUGGGGGAGUCAGAAGAUGACAUACGUGACAACGUCCUGAAUUACGAUGAGCAGGGAGGAGGAGAGGAGGACGAGAAUGCCUUCAACAUUGACCUCUUGCGUAACCCGACCGACAAACCCUCAACCCCAGGGUCCUUCUGCCCCCCUGGUCUGCCUCGAGGGAAGCAGCCACUCAGGAAAGACGCCCCCCACUACCUGCCCUCCCCACUGUAUCCACGGAAACCCCCUGCAGACCCAGCCGACAUCGAGGACUACAUCAACGAUGGCCUGGAGGCGGCAGACCAAGACCCCAACGUCCCACCCUACGAUACGGCGCUGAUCUACGACUACGAAGGUGAGGGCUCUGUGGCGGGCAGUCUCAGCUCCAUCGCUUCAGCCAGCUCAGACGGAGACCAGGACUACGACUACCUCAACGACUGGGGCCCGCGCUUCAAGAAGCUGGCCAACAUGUACGAGCCACGCUAGGGAGGGAGCCAAGCUAGGCUUGCAGCCCAGGGCCAGAGCCAG